UCCCAUCACGUCUCCCCCGCGUUCAACGCGAACACCUGCUUGGCAACGGCUCACGUGUCACUCACCUUCGGGUGCUCAACCAUGGUUCGUUGUCAUCAACAUGAUUGAUGUACCGCGGCGCCUGCGUCGCGCCAUCCUGCUGAAUGACCUGCCUCUCGUGCGGCGCAUCAUCCGCAACAACCCCAACUACCUGCGCAAUCCCGACUACGACGACAAGAGCAGCACGAACCUGCACCUGGCUGCAAAGCAUGGCUUCACGCAGAUCGCUGAGUUCCUCGUCGACGCUGGUCACGAAGAAGGCACUAUCAGCCGCAACAACGACUUCGAAACGCCCCUGAUGUUCGCUGCCACGGCCGGCAAGGAGGAAACCGGAGUCUUUCUGGCAAAGCGCUUCCCUGAAUGCAUACCGUGGGCAAACAAAGCUGGCCUAGACGCUCUCAUGCUCUCCAGCAAGUCCGGCAGCGGCACCCUCCACCUCAUCCCGACCCUCAUCCUCCAGGAUCCAAGCAUCCUCACCGCAACCGACAAGUCCGGCAACACAGCACUCCACCACGCCUCCGCUGCCGGCGAGUUCAAAGUCCUCCGCUUGCUUCUCCAAUACGGCGCGAACCCCCUCGUCUCGAACGCAUACAGUUGGACUCCAGUCCACUACUCCGCCAGUCCCGCCGCAGAAGCAUACUUUAAAUCGCUCAUCAUCGACUUUGAGAAGAAGAAAGCCGAGGGCAGGCGCGAACUGCAGGAGCGGCAGAAGCAGAGGCAGGGCGGAGUGCGCCUGGUCACAGACGGAGAUGCGCUGGUCGGCAGGGGCAGCAGUGAGAGUGAGCGCGUACGAACGCGGGCCAGGGACGAUGCAGGACUGCAAGGAUUGCCGGCGCCCGGCAUAGAUUGGAGUCCUGUUGAGAAGAGGAGGGCUAUGACGCCUACGGAAGGGAGGGGGUGGACGUUUACGCCAGAUGGAAUGAGGCCGAGGGCCGAGACAGCAGAGAGCAGUGGGACAGUGUAAACUACUUGGUCACUCGGCGUUCGGUUGGAAUUGGUCUGGCG